UCGUCGGGAAAAGUAGGCGAACGGCAGCUCAGCUUCGCGGAAAAGCGGGCAGCAGCGAAAACUUUUAGUAUCACAGUCGUUGCUGACGAGCGGAAGGGACCGCAGCUCGGGAAAAUCAGGAAAGGAAAAUCACGCGAGGGCCCCGUCUUUUUUUAUAUGAAUUUUCAACAUAAACCGAGGAGCGCUUAGUGUAAAUAGUUAUUAUCCGUUUUCCAACCGAAUCGCCAGUGGAAACGCCAUAUUAGUGCUGUGUUGCGAGGGUUUACCGUUAAGCGGAAGUGAAGAAGCGAGUGCAAAGGAAUUUUCCUACGUCACAGGCUGUGCUGUGCGUGUGUGUGAGUGUGCACCCCCGGAAAUGUAACACGCACACACUGGCGCAGUGAAAAACUUGCACCUGAAAGUUUUCGUCGUGUUUUCCACCUUCGUGCGCCUGCUCUCGGCAUUUCGACAAGAAAGCAGAAAAACGCAGCAAAAGGGCACCUAGGGCAGCAGCGGAACUGAGGCGCAGCGGAGCCGCCCAAGUGCAGCCGUGGAAAGCGUUGGUGCGGGCACCAUGGACUCGCUCAAGUUACCAAAGGCCAACAGUGCCACCAGCAGUGCUAGCGGCAGCAACAGCAACCUGUCCGGCUCGACAUCCGCGUCCGCAUCCGCCGCCACAUCGCCCACAUCUUCGGGCAAUGCGGUCGGAGGCAUUCUCUCCGGUGCCCCCAAAUCGCCGCCUGGCCUGAGCAGCAGCACCCCCAUCACGGUGCGAUUCAAUGCCAACGAGGAGUCCCUGGACGACAUCCUGCAGUCCUUCCAUCACAACAAGCACAGUCCGAGUGGCGGAGCGAGUGGCGGCGGCGACGCCUCGCCCACCUCGAAUCUCCUGGGGAUGAAGAACAACGGCCUGGGACUCAACACCGGCCUGGUCGUGGGCGCCUGCGACUCCCUCUCCAGCAGCCCCUCGCAGCCCCAGAUGCAGGGCGGAUCCGCGUCCCUCUUCGGCAACGACGAAGUAACUCUGCGCAAUAAUUUCAUGCAAGCCGGUGGCUUCUUCAAUCGCAAAAGAUCUGGGAGCAUUGAAGGUGUCUCGCCGACCUCCAGCGGUCCCAGUCUCAUAUCCGUAUUGUCGGCUGCCAGCGCAGGAAGCGGUGGAGCAGGAGGCGGUGGCUCCGUGGGAGGGGCUGGCCCCGCUGGCGACAGCAGCAGUGGCGGCACCUGGCGGCUGAUCAAGGGCAAGGUGACCCAAACCCUCGAGGAGAUCAAGUCGUCCAAGCUGCCCCCAACGACAGCCAUACCAAUUAUAGUGGCCGACCCACCUUCAACCGGCUGGAGUAACGAUCCCGACUCGGACACCGAGUGUCUCACAUUUAACACGUCCAUCAGCGAGGAGCUUCCUCUGGACCAGGAGCAAAGGCAAAACUCCGAUUCGGACGUGGAGGCGGAACUUCUGCAGCACGACAGCAUCAGCUUGGGCAGCGGCGACGUGGGAGCCACAGCAGCCACGGGUGGCCACUCGGAGCGAUCCCGGCUGCGUCGAGGUUUGGCUCACAUCAGAUCCAAGGUGAAGGCCAAGCACCAAGCGGCAGCCGCCAUGAACAAGAAGGAUGUUAGUCCCAGUGGAGCCACAGUGCCACCAACGUCGGUGCGGACCGGAUUUCUACGUCGACGCCAAGUGGUGGAGGCGGGUAGUGAGCCCUCCACCAGCCAGCAGGCGGAGAUUGCCAUCGUGAGUGGCAAGGUAAAGAAGCGGGGAAUCCUCCUGGCCCGCAAGGACGUGGAGAUCGAGUCGGGUGUGGAGGUGCUCGAGGAUAUGAUUCCUUCGACUGCCUCGCAGACCGAUUCCACCAAGGAACCAGCAGAGAAACGGCCGGACGAUGAUCUUGACGCCGGAGCUGAUUCCGAGUCACGAGCCGGUCUAACGCUUCCCGUGGCGCCGGGCGUCAGUCCACUGGCUUUUGGCAGCUCAUUGGUUGGCAAGGAAUCCCAGAGCUCAACGCGAGACUCCCGGAGCAGGCACAGCUUCUUCUCCAGCCUUAGCGGGCUCAGUAUUUCUCAGUGGCGAGAGAAGCAUCAGGGAGCCUCGGCAUUCGCCAUGCCGGUGCUGCUCUCCUUCUUCCUGAUCUUUCUGAUCAUUCUGCCCGUGCCCGACUUCCUGCGAGGCAUCUUCGCCACCCUCUUGUUCUUUACCGUGAUGGACUGCUGUGGCGGCCAUCUGCGCGUGCUUCUCGAGGACUUCUUGUUGACCACGCACCCAGAGCGCGUGGCCUUCGCCAUUCCCAACUACAAGGUCAUGCCCAUCUGCGAGAUACCUGCUGUGGAGGAACACAAGACCAUCAAGACAUAUGCAGGCUGGAUGAAUGAGCUUAAUAGCUACGAUCCAAAUACGUUUUCCUUUAGCCUCACGAGAGCGGUUUACGUCCGGCUGGAUGGAUGCAUCCUCAAGAUGUCGGGCACGAACGCCAGGAUUCCCAAGCGACGCAUGUGGAACGAGCCACCCAUCGAUCGCAAAAAGAUCCUGUUCACGGAUCACCGCUCCUAUGAUCUCAGGGACUGCCGCAUAGAGCUGCUACCUCUGGGCCUGGCCAAUAAGCGUUUUUUUAAUCGCAAGUAUCCCAUUCAACUGAUCAUCAAGAGCACCAGGGAUGUACUUGAAGAGCCAAGCUCGGUGGAAAGCCAAUCGGAUCAAACGGUCAAGCAGGAUGCCAAGGAAGCCAAGCCUGCCUCCUCAUCGGGAACCACUCCCCCCGGAGGAGAAGAGGAGAAGCUAGUGGACUUUGCUGGCACAGUGAUGCAGGCAGAUUUACAGCAACUGCGCAACACAGUGAAUCCGGACAAGGACCUCAACGACAUCACCGUGCCCUGCGGCGAUGAGGUGCGACUGCUGCUCUUCUCCAGAUGCGACAGGGAAAAGGAGGACUGGUAUCGUCGCUUCACGGCCGCCAGCAAGGGCAUGGUCCACGAACAAGAUCUCCAGGUGCCCAUGGCCCGAUUCGUGGAGGAUACUGACCUUCAGGCGGCAGCCGCCCGGCAAGCUUUGCACCUGGUCACUGGUGCGACUAAGAGUGGAGCGGGAGCUGUCAAGUGGCAGACUGAGAAGGAAAUGUCUAACGGCAAGCCAACUGAUGAAACCGAUCAGCAAACGCCCGAUGGUCAGUUUGAGCAUGUGACCGAAGAGGAUUUGUGUGAGACGCCCAAGGAGGAUGCCUUCGAUGGCAUGAUCAUGAGUGCUAAUGUGGCCAGGAAUUCGCCCGAUUAUGUCCGUUUCAUGGCCGUUUACCAGAAGGCUUGUAACCAGAAAAAUAUCCCCGUAACCCGAAGUUCCGUCGGAACAACGAGUUCCAUUGAUCGGCGACCAAGAAAAUCUCGUCGUGCCAAACGUCAGGAAGACGAGCUCUGGAAGGGCAUUGACCAGUCGCUGUUCCUGGGUCCAUCCGGGAGCAUAGUGUGGGCCAAUGUCCUCCUGGGUCGUUGUCUUUAUAGCUGGCUACACGAUGCCAUGCUGCACGAGAAGAUCAAGGAGGUGUUGCAGAAGAAAUUGAACUCCAUUAAGCUUCCCAGCUUCAUGGAGGAGGUUAUUAUCACAAAUAUCUACAUGGGUCAGUCCCCAUUACUCUGCCACCGCGUCUCCCAGCCGAUGCUGGACGAGCGCGGUCUGUGGGUGGAUGCGGAUGUGACCUACGAGGGAUUGGCCCACAUUACCGUGACCACCAAGCUGAAUCUGCUGCGUAUUCGCAGCAAGACGAAGUCGCCGAUGAGCACCGAAAGUAUGCCCACCACCUCGAUGGGGGCGGAGCAAGCGCAGGAUUUGCGCAGCCAUUCGGAUGCGAAUUCGGAGAAUGUAAUCUACGACAGCGAUGCCGAGAGCUCGGGUGGUUCCUCCACUGAGUCCGAGAGCCCACCGCCGGGCAAUGCCCAAGAGAAUCCAGCCGGAACUGAAUUCUUCCAGAAUUCGCCGGGCAAUGCGCGGCGCAUUUUCAAGAUUGUCGAUCGUAUAGCCGCCUCCAAUCUGUUUCAAUAUGCCACCGAGCUGCCGUACGUACAGCGGGCCAUGGAGAACAUGAACGCGAACAUCACGCUGCGCGUAGAUCUCAAGGGUUUGGUGGCCCGUGGAACCCUGAACGUACCACCGCCACCAUCCGACCGGGUGUGGGUUAGCUUCCGUGGGCCGCCGCGCCUCUGGAUAUCCACCAAGCCCCAAGUGGGCGACAAAUCCGUCGACUGGUCCAUCGUGACCAAUGUCAUCGAGAGCAAACUGUGCGAGGCUGUCAACAAGUUUCUGGUCUAUCCGAAUAUGGUGGACUUCUCGAUACCGUUCCUCAGCAAUCCCAACUUCGAUGAGGAGCCAGCGAGUGCCAACUGAAUACCAAAUUAUGGAAGGAUCAGGCAGGGAAUCAAGGAAUGAGAUACUAUUUAUAUCCGAUGAAUUUAACACAAAGUGUGAGCGAGAUUUUUUACGUUAAUUUUUUUAGUUUUGAGAUAAUCUGCAAGCCUAGCUUAGAUCUGCGAUCUCCAGUUCCGACUUCAAAUACUUAACCGCUAAUAGUGAUGAGUAUGGGGACGACCGAUUCCAAAUGACAAGUUACGAAACGCUUAUUUUCAUCACAUUCUGUUUACACUUCAGAACAAUCCCAAUCUUAGCUACAAUAAUUUACACUAAUGUCAAGAAGGUCUUUAAGGAAGGAUCUAGCAUAUUGAAUAUGCUGCAACAGCCGCUCUGUGAGGUCAUCACGACGACAAGUAUUCCAAUAGCAUAAUGCAGGCCCAUAGCUCUGCGACUUAUCCACUAUUCUAUACGAACAACUACAAUAUACACACCUAUAUAUAUUAUAUGGGAGUAUAUAACUUAGUCUUAGAAUGCGUGUGAAUUUUAAAUAAGAAAGUCGAAUUUUAUUUGCGAUA